ACCCAAUCAUCCACACCCUCUAUCAAGCCAUGAGGACACUGCGAUUCAUCUUCGUUAUCUGUCUUGCUGCAUGUCUCUCUUGUAUCAAGGUCAGCCCAUCGCCCGUUCCAUCCGGACAGGAUUCUCACAGCUCAAGAUCGCUGCACCGUGUCGCGCUCGCCAGUGGUGCCUAUCGAGGUCUGCAUGACCCCACUACCCGUUCAACGGUGUAUUACGGCAUCCCGUAUGCCCGUGCGGGGCGCUUCAAGAGGCCGGUUCCCACCGAGGAAGAUACUCGCACCGUCAAACAGACUACAGACGCUACCCAACAUAGCCCUGCAUGCACAAACUUCAACAUUCCACCACCUUACGAUGAGGGUUUCAAGGAGCUCCUGGGCUCGGCGCCCAUCGCACCGCAGAGCGAGGACUGCCUGACGAUGGACGUCUAUGUUCCCGAUGAAGCCCAGACGUGUGAUGAUCAGCUUCCUGUGCUCUUAUUUAUCGCAGGAGGAGGUUUCCUGAACGGAGCAAGCUUUAUCUACGACAUGCGACCCAUGUUGGAAAAGGCAACCGACUUAAACAAGCCCUUUCUCGGAGUCGUUAUUCAGUACCGACUUGGUCCCUUUGGCUUUCUGAAUCCUUCCACAAGGCCUGAUGAUUUCAACUUGGGUCUUCUCGAUCAGCGAGAAGCACUGCGAUAUGUUCGUGACAAUAUUGCGUCGUUCGGAGGAGACCCCAGCAGAGUGACGCUCAUGGGGCAGAGUGCAGGUGCGCAGUCUUCACUCUAUCAGCUCCUCUUUGCAAGUGCAAAGGAGCAGCUCUUCCACUCCAUCUGGCUCGCCAGUGUGCCGUCCACCGCAGCACCCUUCCUCCAAACUGAGACCCACUCCAUGGACGACAUUAUUGCCGCAGUCGCAGAAGCAGCGGGAUGUCCAGCCAACGUCACCGUGAACGAGAACGUGGUCUGCUUGGAGAAGGUCGAUGCGCAGAAGCUGGUCAACGUAUCGACAGAAGCAUGGCAAGGUAGUGGACCAAGUCUGGGCGGCCUGGUGUCAGAAAAUGUAUUUGAGAGGAUCGCGUCAAAGCGCUACCCAGACAUUCCCACCGUCGUCUCCUCAUGCAGAGACGAAGGAACCAGCUCAGCGAUUGGAUUCAAGGCCGACAAUGAAGAGGCGUCCGCUCUUGGCGUGCAAAUCCUCAUCAACACUGCUCACCGCUUCGAUGAGGAGCAGGCUAAAAAGAUUGUCGAGGACAUGCUCUCAGCGUACCCAAACGACCCCGCUCGGGGCGCCCCCUUCGAUGGUCGCAACACAACGUAUGGAGAGCCAAGCCAAUACAAGCGCCUUUCUGCCAUCGACACCGACUCGACCUACACCACUGCCUGGCUGGACUACCUUUCUGCUUUUUCUUCUCAUUCAAGCAGGAGCAAGGUCUGGGGUCUUCUUUUCCAAGAGCCGAUCCCAGGCACCUCAGAAGCAAUGGGUGUGCAGCACGGCUCAGACUUGGCCUUCUACUUUCCCACUCUCUUACCCGACAACGAUCCUCGCAAAUUUGGAAAGACAUCUGUGGUGGACGCACUGCACACCUCUCUAAUCCACUUUGUCCACUGCGGCCACCCAGCAGCCCAGGAAGAUGGCGACAAAUGGAGCUUGUAUAAUGAGGCACAAGGCUCUACUCAGGUCACAAGCAUUGGUGGGCGCGGGAACGAAAGCAUCCGCACAAUCGCGCCCCCUUAUCGGAGUGGUUUUGAUGUCAUCCGCCGUUAUUUCAGGCCAUGAUGCUAUUCUUCACUUCCGG